AUGUGGUUGCUAGUAGAGGGAUUCAUGGACUCAGUUAAAGAAUGGUGGUCCAGUUAUCAAGUAGUGGGCAGUCCAGACUUCAUCUUGACUCAAAAACUGUGGAAUAUGAAGAAAGACAUCUCAUGCUGGAAUAGGGAGGUAUUUAGAAAACUAGAAACUCAAAAAAGUAAGGCACUUAAUGAACUAACUAUACUGGAACAAUCAUCUGAAGGCAGAGUUCAAACACAAGCUGAGAAGGCUCAAAUGAUCAACCUGCAAUCACAAAUUCAGCAGUUAGCAAAGAUUGAGGAGGUUUCAAGGAGACAAAAAUUAAGAUGCUUAUGGCUUAAGGAUGGAGAUAGAAAUACAAAGUACUUCCAAAAGAUGGCUAAUGCUCGUAGAAGAAACAACUGCAUUGAUAGGCUUCAGAUGGGGGAAGUCAUCAUUGAAGAUAAGGAGGAAAUCAAAAGUGAAAUCCUGAACUUGUACCAACAGUUGUACACAGAGAAUGAACCUUGGAGGCCGUCAGCUAGAUUUGACAAUCUAGCUAGGAUUUCAGAAGUUGAGAGAAACUGGUUGGAAAGGGAGUCUGAGGAACAGGAGAUUCUUUCAACCAUUAAAAAUGUGCUCCAGAUAAGGCUCCAGGACCUGAUGGUUUUACUAUGGCAUUCUUUCAACAAGCUUGGGAGAUUAUAA